CCGGUAACGUGUAACCAACGCUGAAACGCCUCUAUCUCAAUUCAUUGAUAAGUUGCAGCAAUUAGAAAUCAGUUUUGAUGGAAAAAAACCCAAUGCAAAAUAGUGAUUUUUUGGCAAUUUUGAGACGUCCCCCGUUGCCAAUGUUACAGGAAAUUUAAGAUUGAGCAUGCUGUUACAGAGGCUAUGGUCCAGUCAACAUUUGUGCCAAGUUUCAUUAGUAUUGAAGCAUUUUUCAUAGUUUGAACUUGUAAGAGAAGGCUUUUCAAUGAAAACGAGCAUUUUUCCCAAUAAGAAGGAAAGGGUAAAAUGACUGUGAAAUUAAUGGACAUUCUGGAAGUAAAUAGGACUAAGUCUUGUCUCCUCUUUGUAUUUGAUAUCUGCAAUAAAAUUGAAUGGGUGUUGGUUUAUUUGCCUAUCUCUUUUAUGAUUAAUUUUCAGACAGUAGAUAGAUCUCAUAUGGUAGACUUUAUUAUACAUAAUAAGAUUUUCUAAUAUAUAAAGGCAUUCUGGUACAUAUGUGAUACACAAAUAAACUACUUUUACAUAUGGAAGGGUCUGUUUUCGAAUACAUGCAUACUUUGCAGGAUCAGGCUACAGCAAACUUAGACAUCUUUUUUCUAGUUGUCACCAAAGCAUGCAAGUAUGAGCGAGAGAAAUUUGAACUAUAUCAAGAAAUAUCUAAUAGAGACUUUCUGUCGUGGUUGACACAGUUUAAUUGUUCUACAUAAUUUCUGGAUCAGUUUUGCCAGAACAAACACUUGCUUAAAAAUGAAUAAGUUCUUCAAGGUUUGUUUAAACUAUUUAAGGAAAUAUUGCAUAUUACUUUCCUUAUACAAAAAUAUCAUUGUCUUACUUUUUUUUAGUUUAUUUGUUCUUAACAUGAAAAUACUUAUUUACUUUUAAUGUAACUUGAAUAUUAUGUGAAUUUCUUUACUCUUUUCAAAAAUAAGGUUUCAUUUUAGUAAAUUUGCUUCUUAUUCAUUAAGUUGAAGCAAAAUAACGCUUGCACAGGGAUAUAGUUUAAUGCGUCAUAAGGUCUUAUUAGAAUGAUCUACGAAAAUCCUAUCUCAAUUCAAGUCCCUAGGUAUACGUGUAUUUUACAAGAUGUACAUGCAAAAAACCCACAAAAACAGACAGCCUUUGCCAGAAAUAAUCUGAAAGAGACUUAUACUUAUUGACAUUGUUAUAUAAGAAUAUUUAACGUAUCGUGUUUAUAAAUGUAUAUCUUCGAUUUUGAAAAAAGACAAAACAAAAUUAAUGUUGUUAUUUUUCCAGAUAAUCUAUAUGUACCGCAACCCGAAAGAUUCUGUUAUUUCCCUAUUCAAAUUAUUUAAGUGGACACAUCAACUUGAUGAGGGAGAAAAUAUGUUUGGUCGAUUCUUUGACAGUUUUGUCGUUGGCAAAGUGCAAACAACAAAUAUGAAAUACACAUAUGAAAGUGAAUCUUAUCCCUGGUAGCCUUUUAAUGGUAUGUAUUCUUAAAUUUUGUUUGUUUAGUUUCCUACAUUUUCCUAAAAUCAAUUGUUAAUAAUUGCAACCUGAUAUCUUUGCUUUACCCCUGUGCCCUAUCUUGCAUUUGUUUGAUGUAUUGCUGGGUUUAGUAUAAGUGACUUUGUGUCGCUUGGUUUAAUCGGGGCUGCGUUCAUCUUUCCUUUCACUUUCCUUGUUAAUCUUUGUAAUCAUAUUUAAAAUAUCUUGGUAAUAAAAUAACGAAUUUAACAGGAGAAUGACAAACGCCAAUGAUCAAUCUUGAGUAAAACUCUAUCAUACAUGUAUGUACUCAAUUCUUUAUAUAAUGUGCCUCUAAAUAAAAUUCUUUUAGCUUAUGCAUGUCCGUGGCCGCAGCAUGUUCUUGGAUAUUGGGAGAGGAAAGAUGCACCUCAACUUUUAUUUCUCCGAUUUGAAGAUGUUGUCAAAGAUAUGCCUGCCGCAAUCAGACGUAUAGCCACAUUUCUAGGACGUACAUUAACAGAUAAAGAUGUUUCGGACAUCGCCGAGCAUUGUAGUAUUGAGAAGAUGAGGAAUAAUGAAGAAGUUAAUUACUCAUACUGGCAGGAUAUAGGAUAUGUCGAUUUUCAACCAGAGGAAAGUCAUUUUAUAAAUAAAGGUCGGCCUGGCACAUGGCAUGAGAAGUUAACACCAGAGCAGAACGCCAAAAUGGACAAGCUAAUUAAAGAAGUUGAGGACGCUGGUGUGACUGUUGUACAUACUUGAAAUAUUAGAUACAUAACCUUGAUAAGAAUUUAUUGUAUAUUUGCACAUGAUAAAUGAACACAAUCUUAAUGUCAAAAUCGUAAGCAUAAAAACAUGUGUACAAUGUACACACAAAAAGUUUGGAGCAUUUUUGAUUUCUUUUAAACAAUUUACAAUUUUGCAUGUUUUUAAUUGAUUCAUUUGUUUGACAUACGAUAUGCGUUAAUACCAGUUCAAACCCUAUUAAUUUUAAUGUCCACUUGAGUGUCAGUAAGUAGAAUACCACCUUGAUAAUCAUGUGACUGAUGAGGCUACACAUUUUGCAAAUCAUACCGAAAUAGUUAAUCAGUGUGCUGAUGUAAACUUUAGCCCAUAA